UGGGGAGAAACAGACAUCGAUAAGAGAGAAAUGAAGAAACAAAGCAUGAACCUGCCAGCCUUGGUCAUCUGUGCUUUUCUGCUGCAGAGCAUUGUUGCUGAGGACGAUGAUGGGUCCCCAAAGCUUUCCAACGAGAAUGUCACUCAAACCGUCACCAAGACAGUGGUGACCACGGUAGAAGCAACACAGCCUCCCCUGAUGAUGGGUCGAAUCGAAUCAGUUAGUUUAGUUCGCCUCUACACUACGGCUAACGUGUCCCUGAAAAGGGUGGAAUGGUCUGGCUCUCUGCCUCAGAGGGCUGUGAACUACAUCUGUGCUCCUCGUACUGGCUGCAACAUGACCACUGGCUUCUACAGCCCCUCCACAGGCCCGUUCUGCUUUCACACCUGCGAUGGGAAGGAGGAAAAAUCCUCAGAGUUUGACAUACUCGUCGAUGAGUUGAAGAGCACCGUUGCUGAGGACGAUGAUGGGUACCCGAAGCUUUCCAUCAAGCCUAUCACUACAAGCUCCACCAAGACAGGGGAGACCACGGUAGAAGGAGAGCAGGCUCCCUGGGGGAGGGCUCGACUCAGAUCAAAUAGUAGAGUACAUAACAAGGACAACAUGUUCCUGAAAUGGGUGCGAUGGUCUGGCUCUCUGCCUCGGUGGGCUGUCAAGGUCCACAUCCCUGGAACAGGACGAGAGGACUACAUCUGUAGCUUUGAUAGGGUCAGUGGUUACUAUAACCCUUCCUUAGGCUCAUUCUGCUAUUGCUCCUACCAUGGAAGAGACAAAAAAUACUCAGAGUUUGACAUACUGGUCAACGAACAAAACUUGGAGCUGUUGGAGUGGAAGGCUUUCGCACCUAAAUACCUCAAGAACGGAGUGCCAGCGGUUAAAGACAGCGUAAAUAUACUCAACGCGUAUGUUGGCAAAAAUCUAUUCGGUAUUGGAACUAUAAAUCAUUUUUCCCAAAGUGAAAUAAAGAUAACCCCUAAUGGUAUAUCAAUGACCUAUAUUGCCACCUCUUUGUGUUUUCUGCACAAGAGUAGACACAGUGAGGAAAAUUGUGAAAUUCUGACACUGCAAACAGGCCAAUCAAAGACGAGGAUUCAUAACAUUGAGUACCACAUUGAUGAUCUGGCCAUGCUUUCCCAACAACCCACCGUGUUCAAUCAGAUGAGAGUGGAGAACCAUAACUGCAGAGACAUAGACCAGGAGGUGCAUCUGGAGGGGAGCACAGAGAGACAGAGUUCCUGGGAGACGAGCAUCUCCAACAGCCUGACUCUCUCUGCCUCCAUAGAAGUUACAGUACCGUUCGUCUCUGUCUCUGCAGGAGUUGAAUACUCAAACUCCAAAACUCUCACCAACGGCAACUCUCUCACUGAGACCGUCUCUCACUCUCUCACCGUGAAAGUCACCGUCCCUCCCAACCACUCCUGUGUGGUGAAGAUGGCAGGGAAGACGAACAAGUUCGACAUCCCGUACAAAGCUCAACUCUCCAGGGAGUUUACCGAUGGGAGAGUCCAUACCAUCCCAGUGUCUGGGACGUACAAAGGUGUCCAGGUUGGGGAGAUGCAUGCUGUGGCAGAGCGCUGCCUGCCCCUCCCCAACGCCAAGCCCUGCCCAUAACCAACAGCUAUAUACCAUCCUUAAUCUGAUGUUUAGCAAACUAACAGUCACAUGAAAUACUGUAUGCUUAUGACCUCUUAAAAUACUGAUUGAUUGAUUUUCCCUGACAACUUCUGAUUGAUGACUACUCUUGUUUAAUUGAAUUUGAACCUAAUCACAUAUUAAAGUCUUUCUGAGCAGCAAAA